CCCCAACUCUCUCCGACCUGGAGUCUGCUCCGGGGCUAGGGGGUGAGAGGAAGAAGGGGGGGAUAUGCGGCCAUCCAGAAGCCCCGUGACCCAGGCCAAGGGCAUCACAGCUGCCGGUGUGCACGGCUUGAAAGUGCCAGCCCCACUACCCCCUGCAGCAGUGGUGGCCGGGUUCCCCCGAUUCAUGUGGAAAGAGAUGUCUCUGGGCAGAGGGAGCAGCGGAGUCUGUUCUCCUUCACCCCGCCACAGUGGCCACCAGGAGCUGGGUCUCGGCCCCUGCUCCCCACCAGGCUCAGGUGUGUGGGCAGGCCUGGUUUUCUGUCCCAGGCACACUGAGCUGGGCCCCACACCACGGUCUCCCACUCUCCACCUGUGCUUGCUCACAGCUGAUGCUUCUCUGUGGGCUGAGUUUAUUCUAAAACUUCUAGGUGCAAGGUGUGCAGGAAUUAGGACCCAGGGACUUCCAUUGGGAGGUGCCGGGGUUUCUCUCUGGGGCACUUACAGUCCUGCAGAGGCCUGGUCCCCACCCCCACUUGCUGGCAGGACAGGCUCCAGCCCUGACAUGCAUGGCAGGGGCCGCUUCCCUUCCCAGGCUGCCUCGGGGACACGCAGUUCAGCUUCCGAAUUCGUCAGUGUGGAGGGCAGAGGAGCCCCUGGCACGAUGAUAGGCGCUAUGACAGUGGGGCCCCCGUGUCACUGCAGGCAGGUGAAGGACAGCUCUGUGAAGAGGGGCUACUUCCAGAAGUCUCUGGUGCUGCUGUCCCGCCUGCCCUUCGUCCGGCUGUUCCAGGCGCUGCUGAGCCUGAUUGCCCCUGAGUACUUUGACAAGCUGGCGCCCUGCCUGGAAGCAGUGUGCAGUGAGAUUGACCAGUGGCCGGCACCCAUGCCUGGGCAGACCCUGAACUUGCCUGUCAUGGGAGUCGUCCUCCAGCUGGCAGCCGCUCCCUUCCUCCCCCAGGUGCGUGUCCCGGCCAAGGUGGACAAGCCUGACUGCAGUCCUCCGAAGCAGUGUGGCCAUGAGAACCGGCUGCCAGCCCCGGUGGUCCUCACCAGUGUCCACGAGCUAGACUUGUUCAGGUGCUUCCAGCCCGUGCUGACCCACGUGCAGACGCUGUGGGAGCUCAUGCUCCUCGGGGAGCCCCUGGUGGUCCUGGCGCCCUCACCCGCCACGUCCUCGGAGAUGGUGCUGGCCUUGACCAGCUGCCUGUAUCCCCUCAAGUUCUGCUGUGACUACCGCCCCUACUUCACCAUCCAUGACAGCGAGUUCAAGGAGUUCGCGACACGCACGCAGGCCCCACCAAACGUGGUCCUGGGAGUCACAAACCCUUUCUUUAUCAAAACGCUCCAGCACUGGCCCCACAUCCUCCGUGUUGGGGAGCCUAGGAUGUCAGGGGACCUUCCUAAGCAGGUCAAGCUGAAAAAGCCCUCGAGGCUGAAGACCCUCGACACCAAGCCAGGCCUCUACACCGCCUACACGGCCCACCUCCACCGAGACAAGGCACUGCUCAAACGGCUGCUCAAGCAGGGCCUGCAGAAGAAGCGGCCAUCAGACAUGCAGACCACACUGCUGAGGCGGCACCUCCUGGAGCUCACGCAGAGCUUCAUCAUCCCCCUGGAGCACUACAUGGCCAGCCUCAUGCCCCUGCAGAAGAGCAUCAUGCCCUGGAAGGCACCCGGGCUUACCUGGCUCCUGUCUCAGACCCCUCCCCAGAUCCGUCCCUUCCGCCAGGAUGACUUCCUGCGAAGCCUGGAGCAUGCAGGGCCCCAGCUCACCUGCAUCCUCAAGGGUGACUGGCUGGGCCUCUACAGGCGGUUUUUCAAGUCCCCACAUUUUGAUGGCUGGUACCGGCAGCGGCACAAAGAGAUGGUCCAGAAGCUGGAGGCCCUGCACCUCGAGGCCAUCUGUGAGGCGAACAUUGAGGCCUGGAUGAAGGACAAGUCCGAGGUGGAGGUCGUGGACCUGGUCCUCAAACUUCGGGAGAAGCUGGUGCGGGCACAGGGCCACCAGCUCCCUGUGAAGGAGGCGACACUGCAGCGGGCACAGCUGUACAUCAAGACUGUCAUUGGCUCCCUGCCCAAGGACCUGCAGGCCGUCCUGUGUCCUCUCUAGGACCGGGUCAAGGGAUGUGGUCCAGGAGCCUGGCUGCCUCUAGGGGCCUGGGCUGGCCGAGCUUUCUCUUCCCCAGGGAAGGGCAGCCUCACCAGGCUCCCCGCUACUCCCAGCCUCUGCCGUCUGCUCAGCACCACCAUUGUCCCAGCGGUAAAGGUGGCAUUUGGAGCCACAGCCUGGCCCGACUGUUGGUGGCUUAUGUGCUGGCCACAGCUUCACCCCUGCCCCCAGGGCUGGGCCCCACCUGCCCUCUACAGGGCCGCAGGCUGGGGGGUGGGGCCGGCAGGGAGCCCUGCUGGUCUGGGCCCCAGGCAGCCCACCCCCUCCCGGUGCCCAUCUGCCCCAGCCCUGUGGGCCCCAGGCCUUGUGUCUGAUGUGUCCUGUAGCCUCGCCAGGCUGCCCAUCCCAGGACAGAGGAGGCAGCUGACAGGCAGACCCCCCUCCUCACACAACCCACCCACCCGUCUUGCCUGGGCCUGGGCCUGGGCCAUACCUCGCUUUCCAUCAUGGGCUUGGGAAGGGCUGAGACCAUUCUGCUGGGUGAGGAGCUUUGCCCUGAGGUUUGUUGGGGGGCCACCAGGGGGCGGUGUGGGGCCCAGCUGGCUGCCACCAGGGUCCAGGGCAUUGUCUGGGUCCCACUCCUGGAACACCCCACUAGGCACCAUCUCGUUCGUCCUGCCCCAUGCUGCUUCUCAGCUGGCAGGCACUGAAGUCAUCCCCUUGUGUUAGUCCGCCCCACAUGCAGCCCUCCACAGCCGCUGCAGCCUUGGGGCACCGUGCUCCUUGGCAAGGAAUGAACAGCCCUCAGAGGUGACACACUCCCCCAUGCGACACCCAGUACUGUCACGGCUCAGCACGGUGACAGCGCUGUCAGCCAGUGGGAGGGUGGUGGGCAUGAGGCGUGGACCCAGAGCUGCAGGCCUUCGGGUAAGUCUCCCGCCCUCCAACCCUCAAACCAACUCCUUGAACUAGGUCCUGGCAGAGGUGGGUGUGGGCUGGGGGCUUUCACUUCUCAGAAGCCCUCACUCAGUCUGCCCCCCAGAUGGAGCGCUCACUGAUGCCUCCACUCCUCCCGUGCUGCGUUUGGCCAAGGCACCAGACCCCACUGGGUGCUGGUCUCAGAACUGCCCACGUGGACUUGUCCGGCCCUGACCACGACCUAGGACAGCCUGUCCCUGUCCCCGUUUUACAGACAGCGGAGCCCAGUCGGGUGCAGGGUCCAAGAACGCUGUCACAGUUAAACAGAACAGGACAGAGGCAGGCAGCGGCAGUCAGUGCACUUUUACAGAAGAGACAAGCUGGGGACACUGGAGUGAGCAAGGCACUACAUUUGCCCCAAAUGCCACUCUGGUCAGCCUGCCCCUGGCUGUCUGGUCUGGAGGGGUGGCCUCCCUGUCAAGGGCGUGGUCUCCAAGGGGGUCUGCAGAGAUGCCAGCACCUUCUUUGUGACUGGCUGGCUCUCUGACUCCAUAAGAAGGAGCAGAAGGGACUGCGGAGGUCCUGCCUUGGGCUACCCUCGCUCAGGGCUCUUUUCUGCUGCCAGAGAUGGUGCUGGGCCUGGGCCCCCUUACGAUUGUGACCCCACUCGUGAGGGGUAUGCCCCAAACAUCACUCCAGCUUAUGCUCCCCGAAUUGUAGGGUCACCUCACUUGGCUUUCUGAGGGUUGCUGUGCGUGAGGGAGGGCUGGGGCUGCAGGAGAGGGGCUGCAAGGGGGCCUCCGUGAAGCUCCCAGGCCCUUGGCCAGCAUCAGCCCAGGAGGCCCAACCACGUUCCCCUGAUUCCCUGUGUCCUCCCCAAGGGCUCUGGUUGAGGCUGCACAGCUGUCCCUCACAGCAGCUCAUCCUCAGGACCAUGGUGGGUAGGGGCUCAGGGGAGGGACAUCUGGCAGGGUGGGCAAAGCUGCCCGGCAGAAUCCAAGGCUGAAGUGUAGGGUGGGCGGAAGCCCCCUCCCCUGGAGCGCCUGGAGCCAUGGGGGUCCUUCUUCCUCCUGGCCUGAUCCCUCUGCACAGAGGCCUCUGGCUACAGUGUAGGGUGGGGGUGGGGGACGGCUAGGCUAGAGUCCUGCCAGCUCCAUCCUCUCCCCCAGAAGCCCCCUCGUUCCCUCCCAGUCAGCUCUGGCUUGGCUGAGCCUCUGUCCCCCCACGAGGCUGGGGCCAGGCAGUGAGGAGGGAGGAAGGGACAGAUGGGUCAAGAGAGGCCCGUAGGCAAGAGGCCCGGAUAGGCAGGAACCAGUUGGUCCAAGAGGGUGCUGUGGUUGGUGACUGAGGCCCCUGAGGUUGGAGGGGCUGUUUGCAGGGCCUGGGGUGGUGGCUCUGGGUGGGGGUGGGUCGAGUAUGCCGGUCAGUGGCUCCGGAGACAGGAAGGACAGUGCACCCCCAAGCUUCCUGCACUCUAUUUAAAGACUCCCUUUUAGUCUGGGAUGGUGGCCUUCCCACAUUUUUGGUAUUAAAAUGUCCUGUGACACAAAGCUUGUCUUGCAACUUCCCUUUUUGAUAAAAUGUUGGCAUCCCUGUCAGACUCUGACAAUUCUGGGGUCCCCUGUGGUGGGGGCUUGGGUGGGCUGUGUUGUGGACGCAGCUCAGGGCUGAAGGGGGAAGGUCUGGCCUGGCUGGUGCGAGUGGGAGGUCAGCGAGAUGCUGAGAGCCAGUGAGUGCCAUCCUGUGGAUGCCCCAGUGGCUUCAUCUGGCCAGGCGUUCUUGAGCACUUGCAGGAGGACACAGGAGGAAGUGGACUGUCUGCAAGGAGGCCACAAGUCUGGGUGAGGGUGGGUCCCCAAAGAGCACAGGGGCAUCCCAGUGUGGGGGUGCAGGUUAGGGUUUGGGGGAUGGUCCCUAGCUGAUGCUCACCACACCCCAUCCUGUGACUGGAGACCUCCUAUGUCGGGCAGCGGGAGAGAGCACACAGAAGAGCUGGCCUCACGAGGGUCCCCACCUUCUCUCAAGUUCAGGGGGCCUCAGGGGCAUCAGGACCAGGGCAGACGGGCUGGAGUGACCAGAAGUGGAGUGAGCUGAAGUCCAAAGACAGAACUCCCAGGGAGAGGCUCCCUCUCACCACCUACCUCCAGGCACCCAGACACCGGCUGAUAGGUCCUGGGUGCAGGUCCCCAGCGGCCCACUGGGGGUAGGGGGAGGAGAAGGGAAGGCAGCUGCGGGCCAAGGAUGGGUUGUGAGGGGACUCUUGGCAGGCGCCCCCUUCCCUUAGGAGGUUGGGGGACUGAGCCUCCUGGAAAAGGGUCAAGGCCCAGCAGCCCCCCACCCCCAGAAAGGGCAAAGGUGUAGGCAGCCAGUUCCCAGUCCCAGAGUGGGGGUGCUGGUGCCCCACGCGCCUCAGAACCACGAGGGCAGGGUGCUCUCCCCAACUGCGGAGUGCUGAGGCCUGGGCCUCCCUGUGCCCCGGGACGCUCCGGGGAUGGUGCCCAGGCCGAGGGGCACUCGCUGCAUGGUGUAAACCUGGGACCGAACCGGGCCGAACCUCCCCAGCAACGCGGCAGGCCCACUGUGGCAGUGCCGGCCCGC